AUGAAGGGCCCCCUCCUGCCCGUGGGCAGAGACCGCAGGAUCUGCGACUUCCCCAAGUGCUACACCCCGGAGGCCUGUCUGCAGCUCAGGGAGGACUUCCACGCCCAGGUGAGGGCGGCCUGCCAGCGGAGGAACCCGGGCUCCGUUAGCCUAAAGAUCUCCAAAGCGGUCGUGGUGGGAGACCUCUGUGUUGGAAAAACAAGCCUUAUCAACAGGUUUUGUAAAGAGGUUUUUGACCGGGAUUACAAGGCAACCAUUGGCGUGGAUUUUGAAAUUGAGCGUUUUGAGAUCGCUGGGGUGCCCUACAAUCUUCAGAUAUGGGACACGGCCGGCCAGGAGAAGUUCAAGUGCAUCGCCUCUGCCUACUACAGAGGAGCGGAAGUGAUUAUCACAGUUUUCGACUUGGCUGACAUCCAGACCUUGGAUCACACCAAACGGUGGCUGGAGGAGGCCCUGCAGGAGAACCGCCCUGGCUCCAGCUUUGUGUUUCUGGUGGGAACCAAGAAGGAUCUCCUGUCCAAUGCAGAGAGCGAGCGGACAGAGCGGGAUGCCGUCCGUCUGGCCAACGAGAUGCAGGCGGAGUAUUGGUCCGUCUCGGCCAAAACAGGGGAAAAUGUCAAGGACUUUUUUUUCCGGGUGGCUGCCUUGGCCUUUGAGAGGUCUGUGCUGAUGGAGCUGGAGAAGAGCUGCAACCGGCUGGUGCCAAUCGGCACAGGAGACUUCAUCAGGAUAGAAGAAAACGUGGCGUCUUCACACGGAUCUCGUCCAUCCAACCUGAACUGCUGCUAA